AUGGUUAAUGAAAGUACAUCUGGCCGACUAGAAACAUAUCUGGACAAAUCACGAAAGAUACGUAGUAAGGUUAUCCCAUCCUUAAUGAGCAAACAAGUUAAAGAGUAUCAAGAUAGCAAUGACAACAUUGGAGCGGAUGGCGCUCCAUUCGGAAAAGAUGAUGAAGCCACUGCUUGGCUUGUUUCGUUCUUAAAUGUGGGUAAGCAUAUUCAAAGUGAAAGGGACAAUUUCCUUUUAUGUGGGGCAAACUGCUCAGAAAAUCACCCAAGCAUGAAACAGUACGCAAAUAAAUUGAUGCAAGAUAUCGCACACAUUGAGACACAGUGAUACAUUAUCAGCGGUUUUAAUUGUAAAUUUACAGUUGAACUUGUUCCCUCAGAUAUGAAAUGGCUAUCCACAAUGAGCGGAGAGCUCAACAACGCAGCUUACUAUUUUUCCCCUUUUGGAAAUGUAAAUGAUGACAACAAACAGGUCAGAAAUGGAUCCCUAGGGGAUGAUCCGUCAUGUACAUGGCAUCCCUGGAACUAUAACGAAUGGAUUAAGGUUACUGGGGAAGUUGCAAAUAAGAGGGAGGAACUAUGCAGGUCCAAUAAUUCCAAUGCCACUAAGAGAAAUAUGCUUCUCAAUUUCAUUAGGGAGCAGGGGUCUAGACAGGAAUAUGAACCACUUCUGGACAAAUUAGUAGAUUGUUGGUUUGCAGAGCCAUUGCAUAAUAGUAACAAUGCUUGGGCCUAUUUUCAUCAACUAAUGCUUGAAACAGCUUUGAUUAAAUCUUGCAUUACAGGAAGCUGCAAACAGAUCGAAGACCUACCCUCGGAUAGUCCCUUUUCCCUUUACAUCACAGUUUUGAAAAAUAGAUACACAAAGCGUACAUGUAUCUGCGAAAAAACUUGAUUCACAUUUUCAUCACUUAUUAUAAUAAAUAUAAUAGCAAAUAAGAUUUUAAAGUCAAACAUAGUACAAAUCUAACAAGGCUGUAGACAACACCACAGAAUAAGAAGGUACAGCAGAAGUGUAACUCAAGUAAGCAUUUGUCCACUUUUUACAAGUGAUUUGUCAUCAAUCACGCCAUCCUGGCUAGUACAACCGGCACUUAGCAUUUACCAAAAUCUGAUAAAAAUUCCGGUUGUACUAGCCAGGAUGGUGCAUGUGAGCGAGUUAAAAUUUUUGUGGAUGUAAAACAAUAAGGGAACCGACUCGAUUUUCACUUCUGCUGUACCUUCUUAUUCUGUGACAGCACGGAGGGUAGCAGGGGCAACUCACCCCCCUCACACGCAGAAAAUUUAACUAAUUUUAUGUGAUUACAAUUGGGUCAUUCCAUAAAACAUCCACACCACUACCACAGAGGAAAUAGGAAGUUAACCCCCCUACUCCCUUUGCAUGUCCUAAUACAUUUAUUAUUAUCAGAAACAAUUUUUCCCCUCCCCCUCCGGAUGGCAGAAAUUUCCUCUGUGGGGGGAGUACAGGUUUUUUCUGGAACGACCCAUUCUAACUCGGAUAAUUAUGCGGUCAAAAAAUAAAAAUUUCAUGCAAACAAUAUUCGAAGUGCCUAUUUAGUAAACUGUCACUUGUCAAUCCAUACCCAUUUUCAAAACUUUAUUGUAAUCAUAUGAAGCAGAAGUUCUGUCACUUGCUGUUUACACUUGCCAACAUUAACUGUUGAGUAACAUACACAAACUAUUCCAGGAACAUACAUCACUGUAGCAAAGAAUCAAUCAUAUAUCAAAGACCACUGAAUAGUAGAGAAUGUUUUGAAGGUCAUGAGUGAAGUAUAUAAUUCAAUUCCAAUCCUGUGCACAGUUAAUGAUAUACCACACUGUUCUGUUUAACACAGCAUAUCCAUGCACACAAAAACAAUUCGUGUUGUGGGAGAAUAUCAGUUUGAGUAGAAGGUAUCACAAGUUUAGUUUUGUACAUAUUGUGUGCCAUUGAUCUGAUCCAUCCAUAUAAUAUAAUUAUGAUUAUUGUAGCUGUUAAGUUAUUAUCCAUACUAAUGAAUUUAGGUAAGUUGUCUUGCAAGUGGGUUGUUCUGACAAAAUUAUCUAGCCAAUAUCCAGUAGCUACAUUUAUUCAUCAUUCUUGCAUUAAUCUCUAAACAAAAACAUUUAUGCUAGAAAGCAAAAUAACAAUAUAAUGAGGAGGGAGAGUGGGGAUUCUUUUAUUAGCAUUGAAAAUGUUUGUAAACAUUUUCUUUAAAAACUCCAAUCACUGUAAAACAAAAAUGUAUAAGUAUUUUAACUGAUAACAUGGAACAGAGUUUACUACAGAAAUGCAGGACCAGGAUUUAAUUCAAUAUCUCCGGAGAACAUUAGUUUCCUAUGACAUUGUUCAUUGACAAACAUAUUACCUGCUACAUGUAUGUUUUGACUGUUUAAAAUAUACACAACACAGUGAUUGUUUUACUGUAUAACUAUACAGGGUGUCCCCAAAAAAAUCGAAAACUAUUGAAAUCACCAAUAACAAUUUAAUUGUUAGAAUUUGAAUGCCUUAGCACUCUGUUGGUUCCCACGAGUGUAUAAAUGAUUGACAUAAGUAAAUUUUAUGCAUAAAGAAACUGUUUAAGAAGCUGCUUUAAAUUCCCAAUAGCAGAAAAUCGCGCACUUUUAAUACAAGGAGAUGUUCUUAACUAAAUUUUAAAUACAUGCACCUUGUCAAUAUUUUACGCAUAAUUACGUUCAACUUUUUGGUAGGGCAUUCAAUUUUAUUAAACAAUAAGUGAUUUCAAUAGUUUUCGGGUUUUUUGGGACACCCUGUAUAAUAAAAUAAUAAAUAUGUGGUAUUUGACUACUUACCAGAUGAGGAUAAGUUUCCAUGUUGAUAGAUAACUUCGGAAUAAUAUCGCAAUUAGAAUGACACGUAAAAAACCCAAAAUCAAGAUAUUUUUGAAGCCAAAAUGUGAAAAUGGCUAAGAAUAACACGAGGCCAAACGCCGCCCGUUCGCAGGUUAGAUGCGGGCACGAUGUAAACAAUUGAUGUAAACUGAUCGCUGAUUGGCUUAAAUUGGCAUAAAUUGGCUGAAUUAUAUAAGCUCGUCGCUGAAUGGCUAUGUGUUAACAUACGGUAACAUUAACGGCACGUUUGCGACAGCAAUAUAUCUGCUUCGCAGAUACAAAAACCAACUGCGUGUUGGUCGGCUGGUUAAAAAAAUAAGAACCUGGUUCAAUGAAGGCCGGAAAGGUCCUUUUAGUUAUAGGUUUACAGGAAGAGAAACCAGAAUAUUUUGUCAAAAAUUCAUGUUUGUGCUGCAUGCAUUGAGUCAAGCAACUGACCCACCUCAGACUAAGUUGAAGAUUGCAUCCAUAGCUUUCUGUUGCUUACAGUUAAGAGAUGCAAUAUCAUAUUUCUCUUGUAUAGAUAUUACCCUUGCUGAGUUAAAACAGUGCAAGAAGGCUUGUUUAUACCUUUUUAAUGCCAAUGCUCUGUUGUUAAAAUCAGUCACACCAACACUGUGGACUGUUGGUUAUGCUAUACCAAGACACGUAGAAAUAUUAUUUGAUAGAUACGGCAUGGGAUUGGGUAUCAAUAGUAAGCAAGGCCGAGAAGCAAAACAUGUACGACUUUCUGAAUUUGCCAAACACUCCACAAAAUCAACAAGGUGGUCUAUGGUCUUACGUCAUGACUACAUGUGUAAUGUGUGGAUCCGCAUGAAUGAGCCUGGCCGUGUUUUGUACACAACACACAAACACCACUACAUACCUAGAGAAAUAGAGCUGGAAACCUUCUGUUAUUGUGGUUUCCCUAUAUGUAAAGGUUAG